GCCGCCAUUUUGUAUUCACUAAAACGCCGUGAGACUCGUUAGUUAAUACUUAUAUUCGUUUAUUUAUUAUCUUUACGUGUUUUAUAUAUUAUGAACACUAUGUGUAAUUAGUUGUACGUGAGAUAUUUACAUUUACAUAUUUACUUAUCAUCGACUGUGUAGAUUAAUCUGUGAUAACUGAUGUGCAGUUGAAGACAGUGCUUGGUAUGGUGAGAAAAAACACCGCUGUCACCAUCCAACAUGGCAAAAGAAAUUGCGGAGGAGUAUGCAUCGAGUUUGGCGGACUUGACUAUGAACAGCAAGCCUCUCAUAAAUAUGCUGACGAUACUCGCAGAAGAAAACAUCGAGCAUGCUGGUGUUAUCGUUGAAACAGUUGAGAAGCACUUGGAAAAGGUACACCCGGACAUCAAGCUGCCUGUACUGUAUUUAGUAGAUUCCAUUAUCAAGAAUGUUGGACGUGCUUACACUCAGAAAUUUUCUCAAAGUAUUGUCAACAUGUUCACAAGGACCUUUAAACAGGUUGAUGAGAGAGUGAGAUCACAAAUGUUUAAGCUGCGUGAAACAUGGCAUGAUGUAUUCCCAGCAACAAAACUCUACCAACUGGAUGUUAAAGUGAACUUGAUAGAUCCAGCGUGGCCAAUUCAAGCACAGCCUCAGCAGUCAAACAUCCAUGUAAAUCCAAAUUUUCUGAAAAAGCCUAUGGCAACAACAAGUGUCACCACCCCACCAGAUGAAGAGGAGAAGAUGCGGAAUAUCCUCGCAAAGAAAGAACAAGAGUUAUUGAUGUUACAGCGGAAAAAAGUUGAAAUGGAACUGGAGCAGGCUCGCAAGCAGUUAGAGAUGACUGAGAAGAGUUCUACUAAGGUAACAACAGUGAUACCUCCUUCUACUCUGCCCCCGUCGAUGCCUGUCGCGUUGGUGAAUCCGGUCGUGGCGCCUGUUAUGAGCGUCGCGCCGGAUGUGGCCAACAUUCCUGUCAAACAGCGCCUCGGACCGCCCGUGAACAAGCUCGGGCGGAUAGCGCCCGUCAGCGGCGCCCUGGCGGCCGCCCGCAGGGACCCGCGCCUCGCGCGCCGCCCCCCGCCCCCCGCACCCACCGCGCCCCCGCCGCAGCUCCCCAUCGCACCCAACGUGUUCGACAUUAAGCCCCUCGAGCGUGUCACGAAGCGCAAAAACGUGAUCACGAUCGACGUGCAGCCUGGAAGCGUCGCGCGACCGCGCGACCCGCGCCGCCGCGACCCGCGGCUCGAGUCGCGCGACGACCGCCCCCGCAAGGAGAAGUCGCGCGACGACCACCGCCCCAGCAAAAAGUCGGACGACGCCCGCAAGCGGAACGACGUCGACGAGAAGUCGCAGAAGGCCGACCCCGCCGAUGACUCGAUAGUCGACUACUUUGGCAAGCUGCCCGACCUCAAAAAGAUUAACAAGCUUCCGCCCAUCCCUAAAAUUAAUAGAAGCGAGGAGGGGGCGAGGGACUCGCCGGUUCCGACCAAGAAGAGGAAGGAGUUACGCGCGGAGAAGAAGCAGAAGCGCGAAGACGCCGUCAAGAGCAGCUCGAGCGAAUCCUCCCCAGAGAAGAAGUUACGGAAUAAGGAGGCUCGUAAAAAGAAGGAGCGCAGAGCCGACGAGGAGGCGGAGAAACCGCCGGAACCGGAAGUGAUCGCGUUCAAGGAGCUGAAAAAUUAUCAUAAAGAACGCUACAUGCGAAGGAAUAAGGAGAAAUCCGAGAGCCCCGAGAAAUUGCCCACCGAGACCCAGGAGGAUAACGCCGUCCAAAAUAAAGAGUCAUCAAUCCAUUUUCCAGAUGUGCCGGAAAUUGAUGAAAACAAAGAUGUGGACCUUCGAGUUUUGCAUCCAGUGGAUGUGAAGCCGGCUGUGGUCAGCCAGAAGCGACCCUCAACGGAAAUGUUGCCGGAAGUUAAAGCUAAAAAAAAUAAACACGACAAAUUUGAUAUACUGUUCGGUAACGAAGAUGUGGACCUUCGACAAUUGCCCCAAGUAGAGGAAUUGAAUGUUCCACCGCCGCAGUCAGUUAAAGAUUCACCCAAAGCAGUUAGUAAAAUGGACGAAGACAUUCCUUCGCCACACCAAUCGCCAAAGCAAAAAGACUGGAAUGAGGUCAAAGAAAAGAAUGAUGAUACAAAGAAAACCCCAUCGAAGCUGGAUAUAGCUAAGGCAAAGUUGGCGGAAGCAACUAAAGGCAAAGACCGAUUAGGAAGACCGUUGCUCUUCAAUAAAUCUCCGAGUGUGGAGAGGGAGAGACGUCGUACUAUCAGCUCCGAAGAUGUAGAUUUAAGAGCAGAAAACACAAACGAUUUUGACACAGAGGAUCAUAAAAAGACCAUCUCAAUUAUAAUGCACCAAGCUAAAGAGCAGUACAGUGAUGGGCAAUUAGACAAAAAUCAAUACAAUACAUUGAUGUAUCAGGUACUACAACUGAACGAGAAACUCAAACUGAAAGAGGCAAAACAGAGGGAGUCACUAGAAGUAUCCAAAAGAAAACUCAAAGCUCACACUCAGGACGAAAAUAAUAAAGUGGCCAGCCCCAAAUCGUCGCCGACUGACCGAAACAGAUUUGGAGAUAUCGAUGAGAGGAUUACUCCUGUCUACAUGGAUACCCCACCGGAUAGUCAACAGUUCCGUCCUCAAGACUCUGACAUGAGAAUGAAUAUAAACCCCAUGGACGGAGGCGAGGCUCCGAACUCCACCGGUUUAUUGCCACUGCCUCCUAACAUGCCUCCGAUGUUUCCACCAUACAUACCUACAUGGAGAGGGCAGCCCAGGCCGAGAGUGGAGGAAUAUGUACCGCGGAGAUUCCGUGGUGUUGCGCCGCCAUUCUUUAGAGGAAAAUUCGACAAGAGAGCGAUGAGGCCACCGUUCGACCCGCGGCCUCCUUGUCCUUUACCGACGCCAACACUCGGCAUGUGCCAGGGCGAAAGCCCACUCUUGCCAUACGAAAGGACACAGUCCCCACCUCCACUCGGCGCGCCUGGAGUUGUAAUUCCCUCAACGGAUUAUAGAGUCUUAGAGUACAUAGAUCAAGAUCCUGUGAAAACGAUCCAAAUAGACGGAGUGUCAAGAGAGAUUAGAUUCUAUGGUGAAACAGCAGUCAUUAUGAUGGAGUGGGACGAUCCUAGAGAAAUCAAAUUCUUGCCCGGGUGUAGGAGAGUCACGUUUGAUAAUAAGGAUUCUGUUGUAUUGUCUUUUAAUGAAGGAUACAAACAAGUGGAGAUUGAUGAUCAAGUCUUCAACAUCCGGUUCGGAGCGCCGACAAGAGAGCUAUUUAUAAAUGGAAGGUGGUACGAGAGCUUUUUCGGCGGUCAGCCUAUUGGAACGAUCAUCGAUGGUAAACCUAGAUUAGUACAAUUAGAAGGACCUCCUCCCCAAGUGGAUAUAGGAAAAACUAAACGCACAGAUCUAGUUGCUGGAAAAAUUAACCUUAUCGUAGACGCCACACAGAUGUGUCCCUUGUACUUAGACGCUAAAGUGCAGAAGUUCCAUAUAAGUGGUCACGUGUUCACAGUUCGUUUUGUUGAUUCAUUAAGAACUGUUCUCAUCAAUGAGCAACCGUUCAAGAUUGAGUUCGGUGAGCUGCCGAAACCAAUAACAAUAGGCAACAAGAAGUUCUUCAUCAGAUUCUCAGCACUGCCGCGUAAUAUAAAGGCUGGUCAUGUACAGAUAGCUAAUAUGGAAGGUGCACGUGUGGAGCCAUUUGUACAGCCGACACUCGGUUUCAAAGACAUUCACGAUCAGAACUCUAUGGAGACGGAUCAAGAUGUAGUUCAGAGACCGGUGAAAACGCCAAGUCCCGAAGUUAACAGCGAUAAUAAUACACAAGGUCUGGACAUGUUAGCAAGCGUCAUGCCGUCAUCAAUAGCGCCGGCCUCUGCUUCAGAAUAUAGCUUAGCAGAACCGCUGUUUGCGAAGGCCGACAAAAUACCAGGUCUUGAUACUCCAGCUGAUGAGAAACCAGCUAACCCAAUACUACCAGUGCUUGCCAAUAUUAAUGUUAACGAUCUAUUCGCUAAACUGGUAGCUACAGGCAUAGUGCACGUUAAUAAUGAUGUGAAGACUGAAACUAAGGAAGAGGUUAAGGAAGAAGUUAAACCCAAGCCGAAAGAAGAUAAGACUAAAAUCCAUAGAGUAGACUUGCUGAGGAGUGACACCUUGAAAGUGAAGCAGGAGGCGCUGGUGUGGCGGCUGUACGGCGGCAUGCAGUGCUCGAGCUGCGGGGCUCGCUUCCCGCCCGAGCACACGGUGCGGUACUCGCAGCACCUCGACUGGCACUUCCGGCAGAACCGCCGCCAGAGAGACUCCGCCAGGCGCGCGCACUCGCGGCACUGGCACUACGACCUCUCCGACUGGCUGCAGUACGAGGAGCUCGAGGACCUCGAGGAGAGGGAAAAGAGCUGGUUCGAAACGGGCGGCGCGGAGGGGGAAGCCGCAAUCGAAGGCCUAUUCACGGAGCCGGCGGAGGAGGCGCCCAGCGUGGCUGCCGGCGCUCCCCAGGACCAGCACUGCGCGCUGUGCGGCGACCUGUUCCACCAGUUUUACAACGAGGAUAAGGAGGAAUGGCAUCUCAGGAACUCUGUGCGACAUAACGACAACAACUACCAUCCGCUCUGCUUCGAGGACUAUAAGGCAUCACUGACCAAAGAAGAACCGGUCCAAGACUCGAAGGAAAUUGUGACCGACAUCACCAAAGUAGAAGAAGCAAUUGAAAUCAAAGACGUGGACGAUAUCAUGUCGCAGUCUGACAACGAGUCCGUCGUGGAAGUCGUAGAACCAGAUGAUAAGGAGAUGAGCGAACCCGUAGAGAUCAUGGACGACGAGACGGAGGCGCCGCAGCCCGAGGCCGAGGAAGACGACGGCGACGAGGACGACGUGGUGCUGAAGGCCGAGCCCGUGGAGCACGUCGACGUCGACGACGACGACACGGACGACGAGACCGUCGCUGAACGCCAACGACUCGACUCGCUCGCUGCCAUAGACUUCGCCAACGUCAAAGUCAAAAUCGAGCCCAUAGACCCUGAUGACGAGCCAAUAAUAACUGCAGAGGAGUCAAUCCCCACCACAGUGGACACAACGCAUGUCACAGUGAUGUCCUCUAUCGACGGAAAUGUACAACUAGAUGCCACGACAGCUCCCGUCGCCUCCCUACUAGGCGGUAUUCGCAUAAACAUAUCUAAAACAAUACCCUCCUUUGUAACCAACAUACAAGACGACAAACUGCUCGAGGAUAUAAGUAUGGAUGAUGAACCACUCCCCCCCGGUGAAGAACCGGAAUUGGAGUACACCCUGAAACCGACGCUGGAAGGUGUCGAGUUCGUUAGGAAACCACCCGUGAAUAAAGGCAGCGAGUUGUCUGGCCUUUGUUCUAUUAUGUAAAUUGUUAUGGAUAGACUAGUCAAUCUACUGGUGUUUAAGUUUUAGGUUCGAUUUGUGAAGUGAUUAAUAUGAAUGCAGUGUUUAUGGAUUUUAAUUUCUGCAAUAAAAGUCUCAUUAUAGAUUUUUCUAUAAUAAACGAUUUACGGUUACACAACAGUGUGAUUCUAUCUGACUCAGUUGAACUAUAACUGAAAUUAUGUAAAUUACAAAUUGAGCAUGGACUUUUGUAAAUUAUUUAUGUGCUUCUUUGUAAGACAGUGCCACUGUUUUUUUUAACUAUUAUACUUAAUAUAUAGUUUGAUAGGAAUUACUAAUGCUUCAAUAAAUUCAAAGGAUCAAUAAGAAUAUAAUUUAUUCUGAAACUUAAAUAAAAUGGCUCAAUCUGAAAGUAGUCAGAAAACUUGAAAUUGAUAAGGAUUAAUCUUAUAUUCUAUCAACAGAAUUAUAAGGGUGAGCAGAUUAGACAACUCGUAAAGUAAAUUGCGUUGAAUCUAUACCAUUCCCAUUUAUUUAAAUAGUUUGGGGAUCUAGCUUUGAAAGGAUUGCUGAAAUUAUGUAUAUAUAAAUAAUUUAUUGUUAAUAUAAUUGAUACGGAAAUCGCCAUACUUUAAUAAGUCGUAUUGUAUACUUAUAUGUAUAUUAGAGCCAAUCGCAUUAUUACAUAUUGAAAUUUAUUACAUUGUGGUUGCAAACCCAAAAUAAAUGUUCAAUAACACUUGAAACUUCCCAUUAAGUUCUUAUAAUACGAAACAUGGUUUCAAUGUACUCUAAUAGGAUAUAUUUCUGUAGUUAUGUGUAUUACCAAUUUAUUUAAACGAAAUGUGAUACUAAGUUAAGUUCCUUGAUAUUUCGUAGUUUUGCAUUCUCAUAUUGAAUAAUCACAGUCUGUGAAUUUUACUGUAUAUAAGACAUAUUGUAAUUAUUUUGUGUAUAUAUAAAUUGUAGUGUAGUUACUUUAUAUAAUAGAUGACUAUUAUAUACUGUUUAUUGUUGAAGAAUCUCGUUAUUCUUUGUUUGCUGAUUUCUGAAAUAAAAAUUGGUAUCGAGUUUGCUUUUUUAUUUUUACAUCACAAAUCAAAAGCUUUUAUUAGUGAUUACAUUAAAUAUAAUACUGCAAAUAAGCUCGUAAACUAUGGUGUCUAUAUUUUACAAUACUGAUUCUAUUUACAUUUUAAAGAAUAUAUAGAAUUAAUAAAUGCUUAGUUUUAUUUCAAGCUUUGAUUUGUGCAUAUCGUGCUCCAGGUAUACGGAUGUAUUAAACUUAUAUAUAUAU